UCAUCACUGCUUGCCUGGAAUCUGUUUAGGCAUCUGUCAGACGAGGUUUGCAAUGGGGAUAUUUACAAGCAAACAACAGCCAGAGCCUGCUCCUUGCAGCCUCCUCACGGUCAAGAUCAUAAAAAUUAAAAAUCUCCGGAAGGCAGAUCUUUUCACCCAAUCCGAUUGCUAUGUGAAUGUAUGGCUACCAACUGCAUCACUGAAAAGGACCAAGACCCAGACUGUGAAUGAUACCAAAGACCCCGUGUGGAAUGAAAGCUUCCACUUCAGGAUCCAGAAUCAAGUCAAGAACAUUCUGGAGCUUAAAGUCUGUGAUGAAGAUAAACAUACUGCAGAUGACCACCUUCUCACUGUUUUCUUUGAUGUAUCUAAAAUCCAGCUUGGAGAAACAGUUCGUCUGAGCUUUCAGCUCAAUCCACAGGGUAACGAGGAACUAGAAGUUGAAUUCACAUUAGAAAGCAGUCCUGAUGUUCCAGAAAAGAUUUUUACUAAUGGAGUCAUAGUGUCUCGUGAAGUUGCUUGCUUGGAAGUUCAGCUGGAUAAGGGACGAGUGAAAUCAGAAAGUAAAUUCACUCUUUCAGUGGAUGGGUCCUAUGAAGAAGCUAAGAAUCUCACCCUGCAUUCCUGGCUCUGCCCUGCUGCACCUGCUAAAUUCCACUAUGUCAAAUUUAACCAAUCAGAACUGGACAUUGAACUGCGAAGAAGAGUGCUCUGUCCGGCUUCCAGAGAGAGGAAUGAGACGACGACUGUUCACUUGACCUCAUUUCCUGUAGAAGAGAAAGUGACAAUACCACCGAACAAAACGUUUGAUUUGAGUGUGAAGUCAAAAGAUUGGACUCAAGGCCUGCUAUUUAAAAGGCCAAAGGAGAUUGAUGUGCGUCUGGGAUAUGAUCUGUGCUCAGAUGAAAAGAAUUUCCUCAAGAAAAGGAAGCAAGUGGUUGCAGCUACAUUGAAAAAUAUUCUUCACUUAGAACAAGACCUGAAAGAUCAUGAGGUGCCCGUGGUUGCUGUAUCAACUACAGGGAGUGGGAUGAGAGCUUUGGCAGCUAUGUAUGGCACCCUUUGGGGUCUUCAGAGACUGAAACUUUUGGACUGUGUUUCAUAUAUCACUGGCUCAUCAGGUACAACAUGGACCAUGACAGAUUUGUAUGAAGAUGCUGAUUGGUCAUAUAAAGAUCUUGGAGAGAUAAUCAAGAAUGCUCGGAAGCAAGCAGCCAAAUCUAAAAUGAGUGCCUUUUCACUGGCAAGCCUGAAGACCUACCAUAAAGAGCUGUGUCAGAGGACCAUAGCAGGAUAUAAGACAUCCUUUAUCGAUCUUUGGGGACUAAUGAUUGAAGCUAUGUUGAAUGAUGGGAAUAACAACCAUAAACUCUCAGACCAACGACGGGCAGUGAACCGAGGUCAGAAUCCUCUGCCAAUAUACAUGGCUCUCAACGUUAAGGAUAAUGUCACCACAAAAGAUUUUAGAGAAUGGGUAGAGUUUACACCCUAUGAGGUGGGAUUUUUAAAAUAUGGAGCCUUUGUUCGUGCUGAAAAUUUUGGAAGUGAGUUUUACAUGGGACACCUGAUGAAGAAACUCCCAGAAUCAAGGAUCUGCUUUAUGCAAGGGAUGUGGAGCAGUGUAUUUUCCAAGAAUCUGUUGGAUGCCUGGCAUUCAGCUGACAAUUCAGAGGAUUUCUGGAAUAGAUGGACUAGAGAUACUGUCACUGAAAUUGAGGAAGUGCCUGAUUUACCAGAGCAGCCCCAUGAAAUACCAACUCGCAUGUUCACACCUGCAGGAGGUCUUUCUAAUGCUUUGAGGGAUAUUUUAACAGAUCGUCCAGCAGUGUCAAAGUACCACAAUUUCUUAAGAGGUUUCCAAAUGCAUAAUGAGUAUAUGCAGAAUCAGCAGUUUUCUAAAUGGAAAGACACUAUAUUGGAUGAGUCUCCCAAUGAACUGAGAGAUCCUACAGACCACCUGGAACUAGUAGACACUGCUUUUUUCUUUGAUACUAGCUGCCCGCCACUUCUGAGACCAGAAAGAAAAGUGGACAUCAUUCUGCACUUCAAUUAUACUGGAGGAUCACAAGCCAAGCCUCUGGAACGAGCCUCCACAUACUUUUCAGAGCAAGGAAUCCCAUUCCCAAAAACUAUACUGAAUGAUGAAGAAAUGAAAAACCUAAAUGAGUGCUAUGUGUUUGAAGAUACAGACAAUGCAGAUGCUCCCACAGUGAUUUAUUUCCCACUAGUAAAUGAUACCUUCCAGAGAUAUCUUGCACCUGGUGUGGAACGUAGUACUGCUGAAAUGUCACUGGGCAAUGUUGAUGUUUCCAGUGCUUUUUCUCCAUAUUCCACAAGACAGGUUUCACUUCAGGAGGAGGAUUUCAACAAGCUACUGAAUCUAACAAAUUACAACGUCCAGAAUAAUGCCAAUACCAUCUUUCAGAUUUUGCACAAGACCGUAGAACGGAAAAAACAGGUUCAGGGUUCUCAAAUAGUGUCAUGA